GUUGUGCAGCGGACGCGGCAAAAUCAAAUUUCGAACUGUCAAAUUCAAAUAUAUUUUUUAAACUACAAUUUUGAAUUCAGAACGAGUGCUAUUGUGAUUGUCUUAUGUAAUGGAUUGUUUGUUAUAAAAUUGUUUAAGUUAUUAAACAUAAUAAUAAAAUUAAUUUCUAUAAUAAUUACUAUUGUAAUAUAAACGACAGUAAACAAUGGCUAUCAAUUGCAUUGCAUCAUUAAUGGUUUUCUACCUUGCGGUAUUCUCCCACAACGGUGAAGCGGCUGAAAACGAUAAUUUACUCACAACACCGGAAUACAUCUUACCAUGCAGUCGGAGUGACCCUCAGUUGGAUGCCUGUAUCAAGAAUUCAUUCAACCACCUGCGGCCGUAUCUCGCCCGAGGCCUACCUGACAUUGGAGUUCCUAAAGUAGAGCCUUUAAUAAUCGAUCGACUGGUCAUGGAGAACGACGUCGGACCUGUCAGGGUUACAGCAGCAUUUACCAACAUUACGGUGAAAGGACCCAGUAACUACACUAUCUCUAAGAUUAGGUCUGAUCUCAAGAAGCUGCGUAUUGACAUGGGAGUGUUACUGCCGCAUAUCGAGAUGACAGGCCGGUACGAGGUGUCCGGUCAAGUUCUGCUCUUCCCAGUCCGAUCACAAGGAGACUUCUGGGCUGAGUUCAGGGACGUGGCUGCGAUCGGUAGGGUUUUCGGCAAGGAGGUUGAAAGGGAUGGAGUCCAGUACAUGACGGCCGACAGAAUGCUCGUGGACUUCAAAUUAAGGACGUCCAGGUUCAGAGUCAGGGACACUGUUAACUUCGGGAGCGUUAUUGGUGAAGCAAUGAAUCAGUUUUUAAAUAACAACGCAGCAGAAAUCAUUGAGGAGAUGAGGCCCGCCGCCUGCGUGUCCAUCGCGAAACACGCCAAAGCAUUUCUAAAUAUGGCCUUCUCUAAAGUGCCUAUCGACGUUUGGCUGAAACCUUAGAUAUUUUGAUAUAUUUUACAAUGGUGUAAAUUUGUUUAUAUGUAAGAGGCGUGACCUAAUUGACUGAUUGAUCUAUGAACGCACAAGUUAAACUGUUAGUUUUAAAAAAACUGCAAUAUAUAACAACAUAGAUUUCCUCUAUGAUAAAAGCAUUCGCUAAGAAAGAAUAUUUGGAAAUUCAUCCCUAAAUGGGUGAAACUGUGGUUCAAAAAUUGUAUGAAAUAUUGAUAUUUGUAAAGUACAUAAAAUGGUAAUUAGAAGUUGUUCGACAUU